AUGGCGAUGGACUCGAUGCACUGCGAAUGGUGUCUCAUCCUUUCACAUGACGUGGAGGAUGACAAUAAGUCGAGAGCGAAACUCAUUCGCCUUCUCCGAGCAGCAGGCCUUAUCUGCAUCGUCUGCAAGUCCCAGAGCGGAAGGGAAAUGCACAUCUACGUCCGAUGCCCUUGCGAGAGGUUGGAGCAGGAGGCAGAGAGGAUAGGAAUGCAGAAGGAGCUGCUCAACGACGGAGGGAUCGCGCCCUUCACCAUCGAGAAGCGACAUCUUUUCUACGGCAGCCUCGGCAGCUCGAGCUUCUUCACCAGCAGCCAACUCCAGCUGCUCAUCUACAACAUCAUGACGUCCGAGCAUAAGACCAACGGAGCCUGCCUGGACUUGGAGAAGUUGAGAGAUGACGGCGCUCUCCCUCCCUCCCUCACGCGCGUGUUUGACAGCGUCCUCGUCGACCUCAUCCCCCUCCAUGAUCGGAACAUGAAGGAGAGGCUGCAGCUGGAGUUUCUGAGCAGGAGACUCGAGAACAAGUCGCGUUCAGUCACCAUGGUCCGCGACUACCUCGGGGAGGACCUUGCCUUCUACUUCGCCUGGUUCUAUCACUUUGUCCGCUACUGGGCCCCCCUCGCCGUCUCGGGCCUCCUCCUCCAGCUCUUCCAGCUUGCCAUCUGGAACCAGCAGGUGCCCACAGACUCAGCUGGGCAGGCAGCUCGCGCUCUCUACUGGCUGCAGGCAAUCUUCGCCGUCGCCUUCCACACGCAGCUGGCGGCCUAUACGCUCUCGUGGAGUCGCCGGGAGUUCGAGCUGCGAACGGAGUGGGCGGUGAAGGACUACACAGAGGAGGAUGUAGACUUGUUCAAGGACGUGGACGUCUCGCGCCUCCUGGACCUCAGCUCCAUCCUCCUCAGCCCCUCCAGUCAGUUUGCGGAGAAGAGCAUCGAUCGGCUGCGGUACGUGCGGUGGCUGACGGCCAUGUCCGAGUUCGCCGUCAUCUCCCUCUUCCUCUGGGUCGCCUGCAUCUGCUGCAUCCUGAUCCGCAUCGCGCGUGACGCAUACGUGCCGCAGCUCUCCUCCAGCUCGGCGGUUGUGUUCGCGCUGGUGGAGGGAGGGAGAGUGCUGCUCUUCGAGGAGCUGGGGCGGAGGCUGCUGGAGCAUCUGAAGCGAUACGACGCGUGCUUCCAAGUGAAGUCGGCAAGGACGCACCUGCAAGAGAUGAAGGCGUUCUACCUCCGGUCCAUCAACGCCUCUCUCUGCCUCCUCUACGUCGCUCUCACCACGACCUUCGGUGACCCGCGAGACUUCAGCUGGCCCGCGCGGUGCUGGAGGAACGACUGCCUGCUAGACCUGCAGCUGAACGUGUGGGCCCUCCUCUUCUCGCAGGUCGUGGUGCUGGAGCUGCUGCAGGCGGUGGGGAGGAGGGCGAGGCGGCUGAACCUCUCCCAGCUGUUGGCUUCCGACGAUCUCUUCGCGCUCAUGAGGAAGAGGAGGGGCAAGCAGGGCCCGCCUCAGCCCUCCGGCCCCCGCCAGCGCCGCAACAUCGUCAUGUCGAGUCGAGGGCAGGCGGACGAGGAGGUUCAGCUUCCCAAGUUUGCUGGGGUCGAGCUGGGCUAUCACUUUCUCGCCGUCCCUCUCGCCAUCGUCUUGUGCUUCGGCAUGACAGCACCAGCCAGCCUCGCCGUCCUCAUCCUCAUCCUCGCCGUCAAGUUUCAGCUGGACCUUCGCUUCCUACUCCACAAGGCUCAACGCCCUGUCGCGAAGAGGUCGCGGGGCCUCCGCUCCUUCGCCACCUUUCUCCUCGCGGUCACCGUCAUCUCCAACCUCCUCAUUCCCACCGUCUUGAUCUUCGUGUCCAACCGAAGCGUCAGCGAGACCGUCCUCGGCAAACCCUCCUGCCCCGUCCAGUUCGUCUGCUUCCUCGACCAUGGCGUGCUCCGCUAUAACAGCUCCCUGCCACAAUACCGCUGGGCUGUCCACCCCUCUGACAGCAACAAGCACUGGCUUACCUGGACCGCUCUCGUCUCCUUCGCUCUCCUCCUCCAUGUCGCCUGGUCCGUCGAGCUGAGAAACCCUUCCUGCAGGAUGCGAGCGCUGGCCAACGAGCAGCAGAGCAAACAGCUGAUGAUGGGGAUGCUGCUACCAGUCUUCGACUCGCAGCAGCAGGCGAUCAACUUUGAGGUCUUCCACCAGGCGUACGAGCUGGAGGUCAGGCGGAGUGAGAGGAGAAGGACGGAGGAGGGAUGGGAUGAAGUAGACGAGUGGUCGGAGCUUGUGAGGGAGGAAGGAGGAUGA